GGACGAAACUCUGCCAGAUGCAACACUCAGCACAGAAUCCCCUGAAACUUUGCCAGAUGAAACACUUAGCACAGACAUUGGUGGCACUGAUCCUGAUUCGACUAUCGUGAUGGAUUUGGAUGAGAUACUCUCUAACUGCGUCUUCAGAAAAGACUGGUUUCCUCCUGAUCCAAAGACGAAGCAACUCUUGAAAGAUGAAAGAAAGGCUGAACCGUUUUGUCAAACUGAUAAUAAUAUGUAUUUGUACGGCACAAAAUCUUUUAAAGAUCUUAAGGAAGAUUUGCAAGCUCUUAAAACAUGCACACAUUCCGAAAGCAAAACAACGAAAGCAAGUACAUACAUGUUCCGGAGAACAGUUGAAGAAUCGCCGUAUUAUAUGCUCGCUACUGGCUAUCCUGUUGAAGUAUACGAAGGGACUAUUGCAGACCUAGAAGAGAACGAUUUGAGGAAAUACAGUUUAGACUCAGAUUGGUUGAGCUACAUCAUAAUCUUGUUCGUGAAAAAUGAAUCCUUGUUUCUAGCUAAGAAUACAUACGAGAGAAUUCCCUACUUUUGCGUGAAAGAUUCAAGACCUACCUCGACACCAGAUUGGGUGUUUCUUUCUACGCCAAGCGACAAAGCAUUGCCAGAUACAACGCUCAGCACAGACUUCAGUGAAACCAUGCCAGAUGCCACGGACUUGAUCAAAACUCAGCCAGAUACGACUAACAUCGCAGAUUUAUUUGAUCUCCUAUCUAACUGCGUCAUGACAAAAGAAUGGAUUCCAGUUAAUCCAUAUCCUUAUGACGAUCCUCAUUUACCGCAUAGCAUUUUAGAAGCUCAGGAUUACUGCCACUCCCACGAUAUGGAUUUGUACAGACCUAAAAUGCUGAUACACUUGAGAGAAGAUUUGGAAGGACUCAGAAUGUGUACACCAUCAGAAAAGUUCCUAUCUAACUGCUUCAUCACGAAAGAAUGGAUUCCCGUUAAUCCAUAUUAUUAUGCCGAUCCUCAUUUCCCGCAUAGCAUUGAAGAUGCUGAGGAUUACUGCCACUCGUUGGAAAAGGAUUUGUACAGACCUAAAUUACUGAAACACUUGAUAGUAGAUAUCAAGGGGCACAAAAUGUGUUCAACAUUAAAAAAAAGGAAAAACACAGUAUAUUUCGAGCCUACACGGAUUGACCUGAAACAUUUUAUUUUCACUACUGAUUAUCAGGUAGAAGUAUACGAAGGAUUUGCUGGAUCACAAGAAGAAAUUUAUUUGAAAGAAUAUAAUUUGGAUUUAGCUUGGGGAAAACAGAAUGCAAUCAUGCUCGUAAAAAAUGAAUCCCUGUUUCUAAUUCAGCAUGCAAAGAGUGUACCUUACUUUUGCGUGAAGCAUUCAACACCUACCGGGACACCAGACUGGACUUUUCUUACUAACACUACACCAGUCGACAAAACGUUGCCAGACAUAACACUCAGCACAGACGUCAGUGAAACCAUGCCAGAUGCAUCACUCACUACAGACUACAGUGAAACCAUGCCAAAUACAACAGUCAGCACAGACUUCAGUGAAACCAUGCCAGAUAAAACAGUCAGCACAGACUUCAGUGAAACCACGCCAGAUGCAACACAAAGCACGGACUUUAUUAAAACUCUGCCAGAUACGACAAACGUCACAGAUUUCAAUGAGUUCCUAUCUAACUGCUUCAUCACGAAAGAAUGGAUUCCCGUUGAUCCAUAUCUUUAUGACGAUCCUCAUUUACCGCAUAGCAUUGACGAUGCUCAGGAUUACUGUCACUCGUUGGAAAUGGAUUUGUACAAACCUAAAUUACUGAAACACUUGAUAGUAGAUGCGAAGGGGCUCAAAAUGUGUACACCAUCGGAAAGUAGGAAAAACACAGUAUACUUCGAGCCUUUACGAAUUGACCAGAAACAUUUUAUUUUCACUACUGACUAUCAGGUAGAAGUAUACGAAGGAAUGGCGGGACCUCUAGGAAAUUUUUAUUUAAAAGAAUUUAAUUUGGAUAUAGAUUGGGGAGAACGGAAUGCAAUCCUAUUCGUAAAAGAUGAAUCCAUGUUUCUAAUUCAACAUGCAAAGCAUGUACCUUACUUUUGCAUAAAGCAUUCAGCGCCUACCAAGACACCAGACUGGACUGUUCUCACUAACACUGCACCAAUGAAGGAAACUCAGCAAGAUACAACAGUCAGCACAGACUUCAGUACAACUGUGGAAACUACUGACGUCACAGAUUUAUUUGGUAAAUAA